UUGUACACUAGGCAGCAGCAUGGAUUGUGAGCAGAGUAAUGGGGGAACUGCCGCUGCAAGGGAGAUGCAGGCAGAGCCCAUGCUGAAUCCGAUAAGCAUGGCAGAAGGACCGGUGAGUGCAACACACCGCACAAAGAAGAAAAACAACAAGUGGAAGGUCCUCUCUCUGGUAAUCUGUGUAUGCUUGUUAACUGCAAUCCUUGGAUGUAUAUUUGGACUUAAGCCAAGUUGUUCUAGGGAAGUUACUACUUGCAAAAAUCGAUGCUUUGAACGAAAAUUUGGUAGUUGUCGUUGUGAUAGUGCAUGCGUGGAGCUUGGCAACUGCUGUUUAGAUUAUCAUGAUGUUUGUAUACGACCAGAGCAUGUUUGGACCUGUGACAAAUUACGCUGUGGUGAAAAGAGAUUAGCUAGGAGUCUCUGCUCCUGUUCUGAUGACUGCAUAGAGAAACAAGACUGCUGUGUAAAUUAUAACGCUAUCUGUAGAGGAAACAAAAGUUGGGUUGAAGAGGAGUGUGAGGAUAUCCUGACACCACAAUGUCCAGCAGGGUUCUCAGAACCUCCUGUGCUCAUGUUUUCGCUGGAUGGUUUCAGAGCAGAAUAUUUACACACAUGGGGCGGACUUCUUCCUGUAAUUAGCAAGCUACGUAAAUGUGGAACAUAUACUCCUGCUUUAAGACCAGUUUAUCCAUCAAAAACAUUUCCCAAUCACUACAGUUUAGUGACUGGACUUUACCCAGAGUCUCAUGGCCUUGUUGACAAUAAAAUGUAUGAUCCUAAGAGAAAUGCAAUUUUUACCCUUGGAAACAAAGAGAAGUUUCACCCUUCAUGGUAUCAAGGUGAACCUAUAUGGAACACUGCUAUAAAGAAUGGCUUAAAAGCAGCAACGUUUUUCUGGCCUGGAUCAGACGUUAAUAUAAGCGGGAUCUAUCCAAACAUUUAUCAAGUAUAUAACAGAUCUGUCCCAUUUGAAGAGAGAGUUAUGUCAAUUCUUAAGUGGUUGCAGCUGCCUGAGAAUGAGAGACCACACUUUUACACUCUGUAUUUAGAAGAACCUGAUUCUUCCGGACACACUUAUGGUCCAGUCAGCAGUGAGGUCAUUAAAGCAUUGAUGAAUGUAGAUCAAAUAGUGGGAAUGUUAAUGGAUGGCCUAAAGCAGAUGCAAUUAGACAAGUGCCUUAACCUUCUUCUUGUUUCUGAUCAUGGCAUGGAGUAUGGCAACUGUAAAACAACAGCUUUUUUGACUUCAUAUAUUGGCUCAUUAGAUGAUUAUGUGGUUAUAUCUGGGCCAGCAGCUCGUUUACGACCCACUAAACUGCCAGAUGAGUAUUUCUCUUAUGACUAUGAAGGUGUUGCCAAGAAUCUUACAUGCAGACAUUCAGACCAGCACUUCAAAGCUUUCCUAAAGCAUCAUCUACCAAAACGUUUGCACUAUGCCAAGAGCCAAAGAAUUGAGCUUCUUAACUUUUACACUGAUCCAAAGUGGCAAGUUGCUAGGUCACGAAGUGAGGCAAAAUACUGCAGCGGUGGAUUUCAUGGAUCAGAUAAUCGUUUUGAAAAUAUGCAGGCGCUGUUUAUUGGCUAUGGUCCUGGUUUUCAAAUUCAAGACUGAAGUUGAGCCCUUGAGAACAUAGAACUCUAUAAUUUAAUGUGUGAUUUGUUAGGCCUUGUGCCUGCAGAUAACAAUGGAACCCAUGGCAGCUUAAACCACUUAUUAAGACACCCAGUUUACCAGCCGUCCUACACCAAGGAAAGAUCUCGUCCUAAGUGCUUACUUAACCAAAGAGCCCCAGAAGACAACCUAGGAUGCUCUUGCGAAUCCAGGCUUUUACAUAUACUGGAUUUCAGCAGCAAACUAAAUCUUACUGGUUUAGAAGAAUCUUACUCAGAGAUACAGAACAUACCAUUUGGAAGGCCGGUAGUUUUACAAAAGAACAACUACUGUAUCUUGUACCAUAAUCAAUAUAUUAGCGGAUACAGCUACAAUACACAUAUGCCACUGUGGACGUCAUAUACUGUUGGAAAAAAUGCUUCUACAGAUGCGGAAAAUAGAUCGUCUUGUAUAUUUGCAGAUCCCAGAGUCCCUUCUGAUUACAGUCAGAGAUGUCAGUAUUACCAUAGUCAGACAAACUUAAAAUAUGGAUUUCUUUUUCCUCCAAAUCUGAACAGAGUAUCUGGAAACAUUUAUUCUGGCCUCAUCAGUAGCAAUAUUGUUCCAGUGUAUCCUGCAUUUCAAGUUAUUUGGGAUUAUUUCCACAAUGUCCUGUUGUUAAAUUAUGCUGAAAGAAAGAACGGUGUUAGUGUGAUAAGCGGGCCUAUAUUUGAUUAUGACUUUGAUGGAAGAUUUGACACUCUGGAGGAAAUAAAAAGAAUGACCAAUGUCACAGAUGUUUAUGUCCCUACCCAUUACUUUAUUAUGCUGGCAAAUUGCAAGAAUGUUUCCCAGACUCCUUUGCAGUGUAGCGGCACUCUUGAAGUUUUAUCCUUUAUUAUACCACAUAGAACAGACAAUAGUGAAAGCUGUGAUAGUGGAAAAGAUGAAUCAUUAUGGGUUGAAAAGCUUCUUUAUUUUCAUUCUGCUCGUGUGAGAGAUGUAGAACUCUUAACUGGACUCAGCUUUUUUCAUAACACUAAAUAUUCAAUUGCUGACACUUUACAGCUAAAAACAUUUCUACCUGCCUCUUUUGAAAACAACUAAUUGGGAUCAUUUUUACCUCAUUUACCCCUUAAAAGAAUGAACAUCAAUAGGGAUGAAUAUAAAUGGCACAAUAUUAGAUUUGAAGCACUCUAUAAAUAAAUUGUCCCUGGAGUUUGAAACACAUUACCUCUACAUUUACUUUCUAACAUUCUCCUUCAAGAACUGCAAAGGAAAUGAUGCUGCAAUCUUUGCCAACCACAAGAACGGAUCCAUCCUGUAGUAUCAACUAUAAUGUGACAAGCUGGUUCCCAGGUAGCUUCUUUUUUAUUGGAAAGUGCUGGGUUUGCUACACUCAUGUGAUGUAGGACUAGUUUUGGUCAUUAUGUGAUAACAAUAUUAUAUUGAAUUAUGUUACACAUACAAAUUUAAUGCAAGGAACAUUUGUAUACUAUAACAUUUAAAUGCUCCAGUUUCCAUAUGUUGGUCAUUCCAGUAAAGAUUUUACAGUAUACUGUGAUUAUUAUGUAUUCUAUUUUUUGUUUUUGAUGGGGUUAAAAUCUCAGACUCCCUCUUCUUCCUGUCAUUUGUUUAGAGCAUUUUUUUUUCUCUGUCAAUAUACUAGACUUAUUAAACGUGAUACCGGAUCACUUUGUGGGUCACAUAGCAUUGAAGUGGUUGGCUGCUAUGCUUCAAAAUAUAACAAAAGAAUGUUGUUGUUUUUUUGCUAUUUAAAGGGACACUUAAAUAUUUUCUAUUGUGGAAAUAAAUGAGCAGCAUAUAUACCUGA